AUGGCCGCGGCAGUACCGCCGAUCGAUGUGCACUGCGUUCACGCGGGGCCCGACGCCCCCGUCCAGGGCCCCGCUGCCCACCCGCUGGUGGUGGCUACUGCCGUCCUCCGCUGGGGGCCGGUUGCGGCUGCGCCGAGCGGAGCAGCGCGCGUGCAGCUUCCGCACCACGCGAUGCUGCGCGUCUUUGGCCGGCGGCUGCGCCUCGCGGCGCCCUCCGCCGGUACUCCCGCCCCGAUGGUCUGCCCGCUGGACCUCGCUCUCACCGGAACCGCGUGGGCUCGCUUUCUGAACGAGCUGCUCACGUGCGGGCUCCUCGACGCGGCCCCCUUCUCCUCUUCGGCUGCACUACAGCUGGCGAUCGACCGCCUCGAUGUGUCGCCAGCGGCGCUGGAGGUCGAGGGGGACGCGCCGUGGACCGUGAUCGCCUACCUCUCCGGCAUGCUCGGCCCCUGCCUUGGGCAGGCUGAGCGCGAUCGCGCGGGGUCGCAGGACUACGUGCUCGCGCUGGAGGGCGCGCUGCCCCCUUCGCUCUGCGCCCCGGCGCUUCACCUCUUCGUCAACCGCGCUCGCUCGCCGGCCAGUCUCUGGCGCGCACAAACCGCCGCCACUGCCGUCGCGCCCUGCGCCAAUGCGGCGGGGCGCCUAGCGCCCAGCUGGGCCUUGACACGGCAUCCUACCGUCGGGGCAACUCAGCUCAACGAUUGGGUGAAUUCCGGAUGA